UUGCUUAAAGAUUCGUAAGAAAUAUAAAAAUAUACGUUUGGCAGCAGUUAUCGUUUUCAAAAUUAACAGGAAAAAUAAACAAAUGGAUACAGCGCAUGCGUAAUUUGAAAUUGCCUUCAAAUUUGAAGGCGCUUAUUGUAUUUACUAUGGAAAUGUUUACAUGUGAUUGCUGAAAUUGUAUUUUCAUUUUAAAAUAUUGUCCUCUAAAUAUGGAAAACAUCAUCGGAAAUAAAAGUGUCAGUCCAUUGUCGGGGAGUAAGGCUUCGGAAAAAAAUACCAUCAAAUUACCUAAUAUAAAGGAUUUUACCAUAAUAAAGCCUAUAAGCAGAGGUGCAUUUGGGAAAGUUUUCCUGUGCCAUAAGAAUGAGAAGCCUGAUCAAAUAUUUGCAGUAAAAGUGAUGAAGAAGAAAGUUAUGGUGAACAAGAAUAUGAUGAAACAAGUGUUAACUGAGAGAGAUGCCUUGGCCCUUAGUAGAAGCCCUUUUGUUGUACAGCUUUUCUAUUCUUUGCAGUCAAAAACAAAUAUAUAUUUGGUGAGUAUUGAUCAUAGAUUUUAG